CCCCCCUGCGGUGAAAAUCUCCAGAUAGUCAACAACAGUGACGGCGACUGGUGGCUGGCUAGGUCCCUCAAGACAGGCAGACAGGGAUACAUCCCCAGCAACUAUGUAGCUGCACUCUCCAGCGUAAAGGCCAACGAUUGGUUCUUUGGUCGUAUCAAGAGGGUGGAUGCGGAGAAGAAGCUGCUGCAGGUGGGCAAUCAGACGGGGACCUUCCUCAUCAGGGAGAGCGAGAGUGCACCCGGGAACUACUCCCUCUCGGUCAGAGAGGCCGAGACCGUUAAACACUACCGCAUCAGGAAGGUCGACACAGGAGGUUACUACAUAGCGGCUCGAAGUAUGUUCACCACACUGGAUGACAUGGUACGACACUAUCAGGAAGAUGCAGACGGACUCUGCACCCGGCUCACCGUAAUCUGCCCGAAACACGACAUCGACAUGCCCUCGACUGUCGGUCUCUCUUACAACACGAAAGACGAGUGGGAAAUCGAGCGGUCGUCGAUACAACUCAACCGGAAACUGGGCGCCGGACAAUUCGGGGAGGUGUGGGACGGACUGUGGAACGGAACGACGGCCGUAGCCGUGAAGACACUCAAACCGGGGGCUAUGGGCGUGAAGGAUUUCCUCUCGGAAGCGCAGAUCAUGAAAAAGCUUCAGCACGAGAAAUUGAUCCAGCUCUACGCCGUCUGCACAAAGGGGGAGCCCAUCUACAUCGUGACAGAGUUGAUGAAGAACGGCAGUUUGCUCGACUUCUUGCAAAAGGGCGAGGGUCGACACAUGAAACUGCCUCAGCUAAUUGACGUCGCUACGCAGACCGCGGGCGGUAUGGCGUAUUUAGAGUCCCAGCACUACAUCCACAGGGAUCUAGCCGCCAGAAACGUGCUCGUCAGCGAAGGGAACAUAGUAAAAAUCGCUGAUUUUGGGCUUGCGAGAGUCAUCAUCGACAACGAGUACACGGCACGCGAGGGUGCAAAGUUCCCCAUCAAGUGGACGGCACCCGAGGCAGCGCUCUACAACCGCUUCAGCAUCAAGUCAGACGUCUGGUCGUUUGGGAUCCUCAUCUCGGAGCUGAUUACCCACGGACGAAUCCCGUACCCGGGCAUGACAAACGGAGAAGUUCUCGCCAAGGUAGAGCAGGGUUACCGCAUGCCACCACCCCCAGGGUGCCCCGACCCCCUCUACCAGACCAUGCUCGACUGCUGGAAACCGGAACCGGACGAACGACCGACGUUCGAGUUUUUGAAGUUCCACCUGGAAGACUAUUUCGUGUCGGCAGUGAACGAUGAGUACAAAAUGAUCACAUGAUACCAGUUUAACGCUUCUUAGCACAGUCGAUUAUUAUUGUAAAACUCUUCACGUUUUACACAUGCACAUGUAUAAUAGACAGUGUUAUGCCCGCAUUAUAGACUACGAGAUAGAGCCAGUGUGUUUUUGUUGUCUUGUUUGUGUACUUAUUUGGUGUUUGUUUCUGUUUAUUGUGACGACUGGUAUUAACGACAUAUUGGCCUAAUUUAUUUUAUUGUGUGCGUAUGUAUGUACCUCUUGACAUGCUGUGGACAUAAAACAAAAACAGGACGUGUGUAUAUACCGUUUAGAAAGUGUAUAAUUAUUAUGUCUCUUUGUUUUCAUCACUUUUCACAUCGGAACUUUUUGUCGUUGCAAA